AUGGGGGAACCAACAUCGACCUUUCCAAGCCAGCCUCUUCUGGGGAAGCUCAGAAGAAGUCUGAUGCCCCAGAUGUUGGAGAAGAAAAGAAAAGUCCAUUUAGCCAGAGCCAAGUGGAGACAACGGGACAGAGCUGCGUUUCCAAUGAGGCUGACCAGCUGCAUUUUCAAGAGCCCGGUCACAAGGGUUACCUCCCAUCCUGGCAAUGUAGUCAAGUGCAGGAAGUGGGAGGAGACCUUGGAGAAACCCCAGCAAGUCUGUGCAUACAGGAGACUGCAGGGACUCCAGGCCUGCAGCCCUGAAGGAGAACCUUUCAGCACUUUGGAGAGCUCCUCAAGUAUCUUAGAAAUAAUCGCAGCGGGUGUGGCAGGUGAAUCCCUGGGUGACGCUGGCGCAGGGUCUCUGCCCACCAGCCCUGAGCCCAUCACUGUCCAGUCUUCAGAUGGGUCAGAGACGGUCCCAGGAUUGGAUCUUUUCCUCCCGCAGCCCCUGUGCCGACAACCAGUCACAUAUGCAGAUAUUCGCCGACAGUCUCGGAAAGUGAAGAAAGCAAGGGAGAGACUGGCUGUGGCCUUGAGGGCAGACAGGCUCGCCAGGGAGAUGGAGAGAGCCAGGAGCCCAAAAGAAGGUCCUGAGAACUAG